AAUGAGGAAGCUUGUUAAGGUGUUCCUAGCUACUAGCUAGCAAGUACGAUAAUGGUGCUCUUGUUACAACGGAAAGCCUAUAUUAAACAACUGGAAUUUAAAGUUAACGCGUGGUACAGUAUUAUUAAUACAGUACUGUUAAACAGGGGAGGGGGGAGUACAGUAAAGUAUGUUGUAUAAUUCUCGAGUAAAUAAAAUGUCUCAUUCUAGCUAUGUUUUCAAAUCUGUACUCAGUAAACAGCUACUGAAGCUGCAGUUGCGGACUUAAAUAACUAAAUAUGCUUGUCAGUGUUUCGGAGCAAGCCUCACGUUCUUCGAGUGUACAACAGUAAUUACACUGAAUAAAAUAAAAUGCCACUCAUAGAAAUGCUCUUCGAAUAGAAUGGGAUAACGGACAAUCGUAUGACACCGUUGUGCGCAUCCAACUCAUUUUAGACGCUAGUUAGUUUUGUACAUAAAUAAAUCGAAGGUUUGUCAACAUGGCAAGUGCCUUGGCAGCCAAAAUGAGACUGAACUCAUUAAGGAGAAAACAAGCGAAGAACUUCAACGUCAGGAUCACCACAAUGGAUGCAGACAUGGAAUGCAGCUGUGAGGUAAAAUCGACAGGAAAAUAUCUUUUUGAUCUGGUGUGUCGGGCUUUGGGACUGAGAGAGACGUGGUUCUUUGGACUCCAGUACGAUGUCAAAGACACUGUGGCCUGGAUCAAAAUGGACAAGAAGGUUUUGGAUCACGAUGUCUCCAAAGAAGAUCCAGUCACCCUUCACUUCCUGGCUAAGUUUUACCCCGAGAACGCAGAGGAGGAGUUGGUACAGGAUAUCACUCAGCAUCUCUUCUUUCUUCAGGUAAGGAGAAAGAUCCUGGAAGAGGAGAUCUACUGUCCUCCUGAAGCCUCUGUGCUGCUCGCAUCUUAUGCUGUCCAGGCCAAGUAUGGUGACUAUGACCCAAACGUCCACAAACCAGGCUUUCUGGCUCAGGAGGAACUCCUACCGAAAAGGGUGAUCAACCUAUACCAGAUGACUCCAGAGAUGUGGGAAGAACGAAUCACUGCUUGUUAUUCUGAGCAUAGAGGCAGGACAAGGGAAGAUGCUGAGAUGGAGUACUUAAAAAUAGCUCAGGACCUGGAGAUGUACGGCAUCAAUUACUUUCCCAUCAGGAACAAGAAGGGAACGGAUCUUCUGUUGGGGGUGGACGCUCUAGGUUUACACAUCUACGAUCCAGACAACAGGCUGACGCCCAAGUGUUCCUUUCCCUGGAAUGAGAUCCGCAACAUCUCCUACAGCGACAAAGAGUUCGCCAUUAAGCCACUGGACAAGAAAACAGACUCGUUCAAGUUCAACUCCUCCAUGUUGAGGGUCAACAAGUUGAUACUACAGCUGUGCAUGGGGAACCACGACCUGUUCAUGAGGAGGAGGAGGGUGGACUCUCUGGAGGUGCAGCAGAUGAAGGCUCAGGCCCGAGAGGAGAGAGCCAGGAAACGGGUGGAGAGGCAGCGACUCGAGAGGGAGAAGCAUCUGAGGGAGGCGGCUGAGAGAGCCAGGGACGAGCUGGAGAGGAGACUGAUGCAGCUUCAAGACGAAGCCCACAUGGCCAACGAUGCUCUGCUGCGUAGCGAAGAGACAGCUGACCUGUUGGCCGAGAAGGCCCAGAUAGCUGAGGAGGAAGCCAAGUUACUGUCCCAGAAGGCCAGCGAGGCCGAGGCGGAGAUGCAGCGCAUCAAGUUGACAGCAAUCCGCUCAGAGGAGGAGAGGAGACUCAUGGAGCAGAAGAUGCUGGAAGCGGAGAUGAUGGCCCUCAAGAUGGCCGAUGAGUCCGAGAGGAGAGCGAAGGAGGCUGACCAGUUGAAGCAAGAUUUGCAGGAAGCCAGGGAGUCUGAAAGGAGGGCCAAACACAAGCUGCUAGAGAUCACCAGCAAGUCUGCCUACUCGCCUUCGGCUGUCCCGAGCCAUGCGAUGCCUCCGGAACUGAGCUUCAGCAGAGAGAACCUUAGCUUCGAUUUCAAAGACACGGACAUGAAGCGCUUGUCCAUGGAGAUCGAGAAAGAGAAGGUGGAGUACAUGGAGAAGAGCAAGCACCUGCAGGAGCAGCUGAACGAGCUGAAGACUGAGAUUGAGUCUCUGAAGCUGAAGGAGAGAGAGACGCCCUUGGACAUUCUCCACAACGACAACACUGAGAAGGGAACCAGCAAGCACAGCAACUUCAAAAAGCUAACUCUACAGAGCACCAAGACCAGAGUGGCUUACUUUGAAGAACUUUAGAUGUCAUCAAGGAAGUUUUUUGAGGUGUGUGGACAUACUUCUGAAGAAACCUCAUCACUGCAUUACUACAUUCCUGGGACUCUUUUGAGCUGUCAAAACAUGUCAGGACUGAAGUGUACGAAUAGGCCAAUAGAGAUAGAAUGAGUUGCACAUUUUCCAGGACACUGCUAUACCUAAAACGUAAUCCUUGCAAUUACUUCAGGUUUUAUUUGUGAAACUUUCACAUAAGCACCAAAUGCACAAUUUACUACCAGAAAGGUAAAGUCUGCUAAGUUGUGUAAAGUUCGUAUUAUGUACAAAUGUCAUUACCACUUAAAUAAUUAUUGUUACUAGGUAAAUACCAC